AUAUAAACAUCGUGGGGUUAUGAUUGAUUCAGGAAGAAACUACUUGAGUAUCGACUCCAUUUUGGAACAAAUUGAUAUUAUGUCCCUUGCUAAAUUAAACACUUUGCAUUGGCACUUGGUUGACGCUCAAAGUUGGCCCGUGGCGUUGAAUUCAUACCCAGAAAUGAUCAAUGAUGCUUAUUCACCACGUGAAAUUUACACCAAGCAAGAUAUCUUGUAUGUUAUUAACUAUGCUUACGAGCGUGGUGUGAGAAUCGUUCCUGAAGUGGAUAUGCCAGGUCAUGCCAGGGCCGGUUGGCGCCAGGUCAACCCUGACAUUGUUACUUGUGGUGAUUCUUGGUGGUCCAAUGACGUUUGGGCUAACCAUACUGCUGUUGAACCACCUCCAGGUCAAUUAAACAUCUUGAUGCCAGAAACUUACGAGGUUAUCACGGAUGUUUACGAAGAAUUGAGUAGCAUCUUCCCUGAUAACUUCUUCCAUGUUGGCGCUGAUGAAUUGCAAGAACCUUGUUAUUACAUGUCCCCCUUGAUCAUGGAUAACUGGUUUGAAAAGAACAGAACAAUGAACGAUUUGACUCAAUAUUACGUUGACAAAGCCUUGCCUAUCUUUUUCAAUGUCUCUGCAGAUAGGAAGUUGAUUAUGUGGGAAGAUAUCAUCACCACCCCGGAAGGUGCUCAUACUUUACCUACCGAAAACAUCAUUUUGCAGUCGUGGAACAAUGAUUUGGUAAACAUCAAGAAUUUGACUUCGCAAGGGUACGAUGUCAUUGUUUCGCUGGCCCUGCAUUUCUAUUUAGACUGUGGUUAUGGUGGAUGGGUCACCAAUGAUCCAAGAUAUGUUGAUAUUCCAGAUAAUGACGAUUUCAAUAACGGACAAGGUGGUAGUUGGUGUGCUCCAUACAAGACCUGGCAAAGAAUUUACGAUUACGAUUUUACGGCCAAUUUGACUGCUGAAGAAGCACAACACGUCGUUGGUGCGGAAGUUGCCUUAUGGUCCGAACAAGUUGAUUCCACUGUGUUGAUCUCCAAGAUCUGGCCCAGAACCGCUGCAUUAGCAGAAAGCACUUGGAGUGGUAAUCGUGAUGAUGAAGGGCACUUGAGAACUAAUUUGUUGACCCUGAGAAUCCUCAACUUUAGAGAAUACUUGGUGGCUUUGGGUCACGCUGCCUCUCCUUUGGUUCCUAAAUAUUGUUUGCAAAACCCACAUGCUUGUGACUUAUACCAGAACCAGACUGCAUUGGAUCAAUAUUAGAUAGAUAGUUACGUUGUAUAAGAUUUUAAAUAUACUUUCAG